ACUGUGCUGCCAAACUGUCGGCAAUUCAAAUUACAGUUAAUUCAUCAUUCCAUUGACGCCUCGUUAGCUAACGAUAAUAAAUAAUAUUCUAAAAUGGAAGGGAAAUUGAAGAAAAAUAACUUGCCUCCGCUAAAAGUAAAGCUUCCGCCUAAAGUUUUUGAAAAGAAACAAAAUGAAGUUGACCGCCAACUGGGCGGACGGGAUUCCAGUACAGCCAAAGCUUCGCCGGACAUAAAUAAUGUUGUUCCUGAUCCUGAAGCUUCCAAAGGAUUGGAUGUAAAGGGUUCAAGAAUUCCACAAUCGUCCCGGAAAGGCCCAACUUCACAGCCCUCUGAGGGGUCUCCUGACCAAAAACGAUGUACCUCCAAGAAGCCCAUCAACAUCUACUAUUCAGAACACCAUGCUAAAGUGGUUCAAGCAGAAGAAGAAAGGAAGAAUGCGUUGCAACUGAACCGUUUCAUUCAGCACAACAAGAAGACACCCGUGGACAAUACAGAAUCCCUACAUGAAUGGCUCGAGCCGACGGCAAGCCUUUGCCAUGGGCUGGACUUGGAAUCCGAUCCCUCAGGCAUUGUGCCUGAAGCUCUUGCCAAGGAUUCGCCAUUGCCGCGAUCAUUUGACUUGGACAGCGACGAUGGAGAGGUUGUGGCGAGGACCACUAAUCCUUUUGCUCAGGACUACAUCGAUGAAUCAUCGCUCCAGCAGGACAAGGAUGAAAGCAAUAUUGAGGUGCAGCUAGCUGGGUUCAACAAGCGCCUUCAAUUGCACGGAGCAGUGCCAGAGAGCUGUUUGUCGGAUGCCAUUUUCAAGAUGGACAGGCCCAAUGAUGCGAUUGAACUGGGCGAGGAGCUGCCGCCUCUGGCUUUGCAGGAUUUCUGUACUGUCGGAUCCAAAAUCGUUAUCUCUGUAACCGAAGUGUAUGGUCCAUUUCACUUCUGGUUCAACUUUGUAAACCAGAUGCCCGACACAAGGGAUCUGAAGGAGCUGAACAGUAAUAUUGCGCAAUUCUACUCCCAGUCUACGAGGAUGGGGGGCUACGAUACCCCGGUAACGCCUUAUUUCCUCAAAGAGGGCUACAUCUGUGCGGCCAGAAAGGAUUCCAGUUGGCGCCGGGCUAGGAUCGUGGCCACACCGCCACCAAAAAGCGAUAUUGUGUCAAUAUACUAUGUGGACUUUGGGUCUGGGGAAGAGGUGUCGCCCAAAAACCUUAAAUUCCUUCCCAAUUCUUAUGCGCAUGUGCCGGCUCUGGGUAUCCGGGGAUCAAUGUCUCAUAUACAUCCUCUGGGUCUGCACUGGCCACCGGAUGCCAUAUCUCACUUCCGGCAAUUGGUGGAAGACCGCGAAAUUCAGGCAAUAAUAGACGAGGUGGACCCGCUGGAGAGGGUGCUGUCUAUGCGCCUGGCGCACGACAAGGACUUUGCGCCUUCACUGAAUCGUCUGCUGGUGGAGGCCGGUUUGGCGGGCAGGAGUUUUCAUUUUACCAAGGAUUCCAUGGACUACAAUGAUGGGCGAAGGAUUCGCUAUCUUCGAGAGAGAUUGCCAACUUUCGAGAUGCUGGAGACACGGCUCUUUCCCAUGAAUGACGAGGAAUUCGAGGACCUUUUCGAUGACAUCAUCUAUGUGCCAUCGUUCCACAGCUAUUACGAGGUCCCGGAGAUGCAGAACCCAUUUCAUGCUAGGCUGCGAGAGGCGCUGGUCGCCUGGAUGCCGUCAUACCGGGAUGAGCAGCAAUCGUGGAUAAAUAAAUAUAAAGACUCUUCUCCGGGGAACGAGGAGGCUGAGAAAAGGCGAGAGAGAGACAUGGAGGAAGCUCAAAAAAGAAAGGAGAUGGAGGCAGUGCAGAAAGCAAGAAGAGAGAUGAUGGAGAAACGAAGAAAGGAAGAAAUCGAGGCUCAGGAACUUAAGAAAAGAGAAAGGGAGUCUGCCCAGAAGCGGAGAAGGGCCCUGGUGGAGCAGAAGAAGAAACAGGACAUGGAGGCGCAACAAAAGAAGAAGCGGGAUGUGGAGGAUCAGGAAAAUGGGAACAAAGAAUUGAAGGUGCAACAAAAGAGGAGGAACGAAAUGGAGGCUGCGCAGAGAAAGAAUAAAGGGACUGAACUGCAAGGACCUGCAAGGACCAGGAAAUAGGAUGCAUGCUUUAGAAAAUCCUCUUUUUUUUUAUAGAAAUAUUUAAUAACUCUUUAUGAGGGUUCUCUAGAAGAUCUAGGAACCAGUAACCUUUGUACCAAUCUUCAAAAUUAUAUUUGUUUAAAUUAGGAAUCCUUUUGACCUCAAUCCUGACCCCACAAAAUUAAUUAUCUUAUCUGACAACAAAAGCAAUCUGUUUAAAUAAAAUAU